UGACGGACUUGACUGGAACUGGUGUGUAAUUCCGCCACGUUUCGUUUGUAAACUUUGAGUAUUUUGCAAACUUUUGUGUAUAUUUUCUCCGCAAGAUAUUUAUGUUUUCAUAAAGAAGAAGCCGACAAUGUAUUUACGUAUAUCUAUAGUGUUUAUAUGCAACAUUUUGGUGUUUAUGACGAGCGCGACUGAGCUAACAUUUGAACUGGAAGAUAAUGCAAGACAGUGUUUUCAUGAAGUUGUGAAAAAAGGAACCAAAACCACGUUAGAAUAUCAGGUAAUCAGUGGUGGACAAUAUGAUGUGGAUGUCCUGUUAACUGGACCAAAUGGUAACACUCUAUAUGAUGAAAGAAAGAAACAAUAUGAUAGCUACACAUUUACUCCUGACAAAGAAGGAGAGUAUGUGUUCUGCUUUAGUAAUGAGUUCUCAACAUUCACACACAAAGUCGUCUACUUUGACUUCCAAGCUGGUGACGAGGAACCCAAAUGGAGGAAUACAGGAGAUGAAAAUACAGCAUUAACUUCCCUUGAGAUGUCAUCGGUGACCAUGCAUGAAUCAUUGAAGAUUGUUGUGGAUUAUCAAACUCAUCAUCGUCUUCGUGAAGCAACCGCCCGUGACAGAGCGGAGUAUCUUAAUGAGAGAGUUCAAUAUUGGUCCAUUGGUGAAUCUAUUCUCAUUAUAAUCCUGAGCAUUGGACAAGUUUUCGUACUGCGUAGAUUCUUUGCAGAGAAAAGAUCAAAUAUCUAAAAAUAUGUUGAAAUAAAAACAAACUAAUAUCUGAAGACUAGUUAUAAACAUCUUUCAGCUGUGAUGAUGAAACAUUGAUCACUGUUAUUUUAUCAGCUGAAAAGUGUUCCAAAUAAGUGUGAUAAUAAAAACCUCGACUCCAUUCUAGUCUUCUUCCAGUAAAAAUAAUGUAUGACAACACAGAAUAAUACAUUGUUUAUGAAUGUGCAU